AGCUCAUCGGCUCCCCGAAGAGAGAGCGUGGAAGGCUGGGCACCUGCAGCCACCUUUUCGCCUUCCCGGAGAAAUGUCCUUUGCUUCCCAGAUGUAAUGCACCUUAAGUUAAUUCAAGAGUGAAAAUGAGUCAUACAGAGGUUAAAUUGAAAAUACCUUUUGGAAAUAAAUUACUGGAUGCUGUCUGCUUGGUACCUAACAAAAGCUUAGCAUAUGGGAUAAUUCUUACACAUGGGGCAUUGGGAGAUAUGAAUCUUCCCCAUUUGAUGUCACUAGCAUCUCAUCUUGCAACUCAUGGAUUUUUUUCCCUGAGAUUUACCUGUAAAGGCCUUAAUAUUGUACAUAGAAUUAAAGCAUAUAAAGCAGUUUUGAAUUACCUAAAGAGCUCAGGAGAAUACAAACUUGCAGGUGUAUUCUUGGGAGGUCGUUCAAUGGGCUCAGGAGCAGCUGCCUCUGUAAUGUGUCAUAUUGAGCGAGAAGAUGGUAAUGAUUUUGUUAGAGGUCUCAUUUGUAUUUCCUACCCACUACACCAUCCCAAGCAGCAGCAAAAACUCAGAGAUGAAGAUCUCUUUCGUUUAAAAGAUCCCGUACUCUUUGUGUCAGGCUCCGCAGAUGAAAUGUGUGAAAAGAAUCUGUUGGAGAAAGUGGCACAGAAAAUGAAAGCUCCCAACAAAAUCCACUGGAUUGAGAAGGCGAAUCAUUCCAUGGCGGUGAAGGGACGGUCAACAAAUGAUGUUUUCAAAGAAAUAAAUACACAGAUUUUGUUUUGGAUCCAAGAAAUCACUGGAAUGGACAAGAAAUGAUUGUCCUCAGCUGAAAGCUAUG